CAUUAUUAUUGAUUCCUCAAAAAUGUUGGCAUUGCCUCGCUCGUUCACCGUGAGCGAGAGUUAACAACUGCCGGGACCAUGGAGCGCUCGCCCAGCCUUGUGUCAGAUCCCACCACGGUCACCGCCCGCGCACGCGGUCGGCCUCGCAAGAUUCGCUCCACAAAAUGUUCGACUUGUGGCCAGGAGUUUUCCAAGAUGGAGCAUCUUCAGCGUCAUGAGCGCGCACACACCGGGGAACGACCCUUCUCCUGUCCACAUUGCGACAAGCGGUUUUCACGGAGAGAUGUGCUCAAUCGCCAUGCCCAAAAACAUGAACCUCUGGCGGAAGAGCAUGUCAAACCGUCCAUGCUUCCUCACGAAGCACGGCAAGACUAUCAGGAACCCGAGGACAGCCCCUUCCACGCGGAGCAUCAACCAAGAAGAAAGUCACGUCCAGCAACGAUUGACAUGGAUUCCAUGAAUCCUAUCUUGAAGUCCCCUUCAGCCAAUCUUGAUCCCCCAACUGAAUCAUGGGACCAAUCUGCAGGAAUGCUGACACCUUCGACGGAGCCUGUUCAACAUGCGUAUUCCGACAAGAUACCUUCAGCGAACAAUAAUGUUGAUCUACAGAUCUUCGAAACAGGGACCGAUGCCAUGGAUACAUCUUUCUUAGAUGGCCUUGAUUUCGACCUUGCGGGUGCCGACGACCCCAGAUGGAACGCGCCCGACUUUGCAGCGUUCAACUUUGCAUUUCCGACAUGCUGGAUCCCUAACCCAAGCCAACCCUCCCAGCCUACGUAUGGAGUCGAUUCGCUUCACACGCCGCGGGACGACAUACCUGACGAGCGCUUUGACAGAGUGCGAAAAUACUGGCCAACGGUCAAGACUGAUGCUCAAAUCAGUCGUCGAAUAUGGGAUCAAGUCGUUACUCAUCCCGAGGACAAUAUCUUCUCUCAGUCAGUAUCGUCAUUUGCCACUCCUUCAGUGGACGAGUCUUCUCUAGACUCAAAAUGGAAUUUCGGUGAAGCUUGCAGACUCCGGCUCAUGGAAACGUUGGGGGUUUCCCUGGGCAGCCAAAAUCCGAAAUUUCCUUCCGCCAGCACAUUAGACUUUAGCGUGGACUUGUUCUUCGUCCAAUUCCACAAGUUCGUGCCGUGCAUUCACGUUGCAACGUUUGAUGCUAGCAAAACGCCUAGCAUCCUGCUUCUGGCGAUAUGCAUGGUGGGGUCCGCUAUGAUGAAAAGUCCAGCAGGGAAUCAGUUUGUCGAGAACAACAUGGUGAACCUGAUUGCGCACUGUCGACAAGAACUCAAAUCCAUCCAUUCACAGACUACAGCUGCCCCGAUGCUGGCGGCUCUGGCAAGUUCCUAUCUUACUAUGAUCCUAGCCUUGAUAACAGCAAUGUUCGAUACAGAGGCGUGUCAAAGUCUCUAUGUCGAGACAAUAGCAACAAUGAUCAGUCACGGCUUUUUCGGAGACAAUAAGAUCUCGAUCCUGGCAAAUGACUUCGAUAAUCAGGUUCUACAUGACCGUUAUAGCUGGAAAGCCUGGGGCCGAAUCGAAUCAAUCAAGAGGCUCGUGAUCGCAAUUGUGAUGAUUGACGCACUUUACUCUGAUGCUUUGGACCUGGUCCCGGUCAUUCCAACGAAUAUGUUCAACCUGUGCCUGCCCUCGGAUGAGAAAUUGUUCUACGCGGCAUCUGAAACAGACUGGAGAAGAGCUUUGCAAGCCGGAUGCGGCAUUUCAUCUUCGAUCAUCGAGUUCUCCGCUGAUCGAGUCUCACUGUCAUCUCGCAAUUUGGGCAUGAGCACCUGCGGCUUGCAUGGCAUCUUGUCCACUGUCUGGCUUCGGCAAUCUGAGGCACAUCAUCGACUCAUAUCACGCAGUGACUUGUCAAGCCACCGAUGGGGACUGGUACCUUACGAGGUGUACUCUACCGACCACUUUGCGAAGCCUCUCGCUCCGUUUCUGGUGAAUGUGAUGCAACGCCACGGAGACACACUCCAAAACCUGAAUCCUCACUGUCUGAUCAUGUGGAAUACCUUGUGCAUGAUGUUACUCGGCAAUCCGUGGAUGUUUGAGUUAGGAGCAGGUCGGCAGGGAGCGAAACCUGCAAAAGCAGCCCUGAAUUGCAUAGCGUCCUGGGCUGAUACCCCCGCAGCUAGGCGAGCAUGUGUUCAUGCCGCACAAAUAUUCUGGAUCUGCUCGAAAAGAAAGAUUUCCGACAGCAUGAUGCUUCACUCGGAAACAGGGCUCUUCUUGUCAGCCCUCGUUCUCGGACUCUACGUGCUGGUUAUUAGGACAUCUGUUCAAGAUGGAUUGCGGCAUGCUAGCUAUGAACUUCUGACCGACUUGGACUGGAGACAGGUGGGAGACGUUGGUCUGGGAGGAACCACGCCUUACGGUAAAGUUCUCACUCCCUUGGCGGACUUUAUUGCAAAUGGUGGUAACCUUACGUUCUCCGGUAUGCCUGUUUUCGGGGGAUAUUCUUCAGCGAGACGCAUUCUUGUUCAGUUCGCGAAUCUUCUCGAAGAUGCUGGCAUGUGGCGUGUCACGGAAACGUGCAGGAUACUUCAUAUCAUGGGUGAUGUCCUGAUGGAGAACGGCGUUGAGGAAAGUGCCAAAAGUGUUGCUCCAUUCUACAGGAGAUGACCGUGGCCGUGCCCACUUUUGAUAUCCUUUGCGGCAAGAAAGGCCUGAAGAGGCUCCUUCGAUCUCGUCUGUACACUUCAAAAUUGCAUGUGAUUGAAAGAGACAGCAGUGGAAGUCUCGGUCGACACAAGCUUAUCACCUGGCAUGACAUGUAAGCCCGAACGAGGGG